AGUCGAGUGGUGCUGCAUUUCAGUCAUCCGGAUUUCGCGCGGUGUAAGAUCAUGGAUGGACAUCUAGAGCGCCUCGCCUCUGCCCACCCAACCACCCUCUUCAUCGGCAUCUCUCCUCUCUCCUCACCCUUUCUCGUUCGCAAGCUGCAAGUAAAAGUUCUCCCACACCUCGUCUGCUUCGUUCAGGGAGCAGCGCGCGAUCGACUUGUAGGAUUUGAAGAAUUGGGAAAUACAGAUGGGUUUAGAUUGGAGGUGUUGGAGGAGAGAUUGGGGAUGUGUGGUGAGUGGGUGCAAGAGGGAGUGCGGAGUAUGAGGAGAUUCACUGACGUCGAUUCUUCACUACCCCCUAUUGUGGCUGUCACAGGUGUCCUGACGCCGAGGUCACGGCGGAAUGCUGGUCGGCCCAUACUCGGCUUUCCUUCGGCGAAAGCCGACGACGAUGGUGACGAUUGGGACUGA